AUGGUCUUGACACACAGAUUCCCCACAUGGACAGAGUUGCCGGCCCGUGGUGUUGCGGAAGGUAAAGCCAAAGAUACUUCUCGAUCUAUUGAGUCUAGAGGACAUCGAUGUGCUUAUCGUCCAUCAUACUCACCUGAACUCAAUCCUAAUGAACAGUUUUGA